CCUGCAGCGCAAAACCCAACAGAGACACAAACAGCCGUGUUUACAGCUGCGUUAAAGCUGAUGAUCUGCAGCUCACUCACAGUUGGAUUUUGUUCAAGUCUCUGCUGACGAUCUUAAAUACAUGCCUUGGAUUUACUUUUUGACAGAAUGCAGACUCAGCUGGUCGGAAUCUGUUUGGCGAUUAUUGGCUUUCUUGGCACCAUCCUCAUCUGUGGACUACCUGCCUGGAAGGUGACAGCCUUCAUUGGGGCAAACAUUGUCACCUCCCAGGUCUUUUGGGAAGGUCUGUGGAUGAACUGUGUGAUCCAGAGCACAGGACACGCGCAGUGCAAAGCGUAUGACUCUAUUCUUGCUUUGCCACAGGAUCUGCAGGCCUCCAGAGCUCUGAUCUGCACCUCCAUUGGCGUCAGCGUGGUGGCCAUUGGGCUCACUGUGGUCGGUGGUCACUGCACCAACUUUUAUCGAGGUGACCAGCGCACAAAGUAUAAUGUGGGCAUAUCAGGAGGUGUGGUGUUCAUAAUAGCGGGGCUCCUUUGUAUUAUUCCUGUCAGCUGGUCGGCUCACAGCAUCAUCACAGGUUUCUACAACCCACUUGCCACUGAUGAGAGGAGAGGAGAGCUUGGGGCCUCCAUAUAUGUGGGCUGGGCAUCCGGAGCGCUGCUUGUUAUUGGAGGAGGGGUCCUGUGCAGCACUUAUGGAUGCUGAAGCAAAAGGAGCGGUGGAUAAAACAAACUGCAGCUGAUAGUGUGAAAGACAUUGUUUCAUUCUCUCAACAUUUAUUUCAACCUCAAUUGCACUAUGGUGAAUUUUACUACUAAAUCUAUGUAAAAUAUUGAAAUGUGUAAAUGUCAGUUGUCGUAUUUAAAUGCCAGGGGUGUGUUAUUCAAAGGGAUUACACCAGAAUCAUGAUAAACUAAUGUUACAAAUGAAGGAAGACAUUCUGUUUUUGCUUUGUUUUGUUUUCUUUCUUUUUUUUUAUGUUCAUUGACUUUAAAAAUGAAAGAGAAUGAAUUAAUACAAGUUUUAGGAAAAAUCACAGCUUUUCUAAAACCUUUACAGAUUUCUAGUAUCACAUUGAGCUAUAACCUUGUGCUUUAUGUUUUUAAACCAAUGAAAAUCUCCCAUGGAAAUCUGACAGAUUUAAGAAAAUGGUUCUUCUAAAUAAUAAAAUCUUACUAAAGCUACACACAUGUCAUAUUAAUUUGUGUUAAAUACUAGCAAUAGCAAAUGUCAUAUUUUAAUCCUAAAUGUGAUAUUUAGCUCUUUUUUCUUUGUUAUACAUUCAAUCAAGAAAAGUACCUUCUCUAUCUUUUGAAUGGAAAAUAAAGUACAUUUGUCUUUUUUACCAUAAA